AUGGGGCAAUACAUCGCACCUGGGAAGUGUCGAUCUCUACAUGGGCUUCGUUUGGGCGAUGUGCUGAAGUGGGAAGGCGAAGACACAGCUGGCGAUCCCAAUUCCAACGGUGUGGAAGGGGCUGGACGUGGCCUCUGCACCCGAUUUGUUCCACGCGCUCCACUGCCUCGUCGACAAGCUGAGCCACGACAACUUACCGCUGGCUCACUGUACCUUCCGCUCGGAGUCCACUUCCCCGGCUAUACUGUCUGCGCCGGUUGGAUCAAAAUUGACCUUGGAGUCGGGCAUGUUGUGGGAUACCUAGAAUAUAGCAUCCCCGUCCUGGCAGUUGGUGAUGAGUUAACCUUUCGGCUCCGUCCGGCAAGCGUCCACAGCGCCUCCAUUCAAAUGGCGGGGAAUGUGGCCGGGAAACCAGGCUGGCAGCACAACUACUAUGCCAGCUAA